GCAGCAUUCCCACUUUGCAUUUAAAGCUCGCGGACGCUCGCCGGCGACGACACUCCAACCCCGACAACAACAGAUAACAUCUCAAUCAAGAAGCCGCCAUGGCCACUGAGAAGCGACUGUCGGCCAGACGCAAGCACACUCUCAAGAGCUGCAUGCUGGUGGUGGCCAACAACCUGCUGGACGUGGAGGCCACGGAGAAGGCCGGCGAGCGGGAGAAGUUCCUGGCGGAGAAGUGUCCUCCUCUGGAGCUGCCCUACAACGGCGAUGAGCUGAGGGAGCUCUGCAAGAAGCUUCAUGAGCAGAUUGACAUUAGCGAGGAGGAGCGCUACAGCAUCGAGUUCAAGCUCAACAUGGUGCUCAGCGAGGUGCGAGACCUCAACAUCAAGAUCGUGGACCUGAGGGGUAAGUUCAAGCGCCCUCGCCUGAAGAAGGUGCGCAUGUCUGCAGACGCCAUGUUGAAAGCUCUGCUGGGCUCCAAGCACACCGUCAACAUGGACCUGAGGGCCAACCUCAAGCAGGUCAAGAAGGAGGUCAAAGAGGAGGACAAGCAGCUGCGUGACGUUGGUGACUGGCGUAAGAACAUUGAAGACAAGUCGGACAGGAAGAAGAUGUUUGACAGUUAAAGUGUGACGGUGCCCACGCGGACGCAAUUCAUCCUCUGGUGUCUAAGCGCAAGAGUUUUAGCUGAGGAAAGUUGUAGAUGGUUCUUUAAAAGAGUAGCCUUCAGUUUUAACAUGCUAGCUAGCGUCACGUAUCAAAGGCUCAAGUGCUAAAAUUCUUCUGCUUGAGACACUUUUGUGAGAGCGUUACUUUUGUCUCCACGCUAAUGUACAUUUCCACCAAGUCCAACACAUGUAACCUGUUCGCAUUCAUGAGGAAUAAACAAACGUUUUCCUUGAAACUCAACCUAAAA